AAAUACAGUUUUUGCGAGACUUGCAAACUGUUGCACUAGUAAUCUAUUCUGUAGUAUAUUGGAUAACUGCUCUUAGCAUUUCAUAGUUUUUAUAUUGUCAUGUCAGGUUUUUGUCAUUAUUUUUAUCAAGGUAUAUUUUUAUUAUAUUCUAUUUCUUUUGUUAUCUUCACUAGUUACUAGCCAUGGUUACUGGUUGUUAGAAAAUAAACUUGGAUAAUUUUCCUAUGAUUAUUCCAGAAAAUCCUCUUUGUUUGAAUUCCCAGUUAUCACAUUUUUGGCGACGAGAGAAAAAAAUAUUAUUGGAUUAUCCUUGCCUUUUCAAGAUGCCGAACGACGCUUACAAUGAUGCUGAGGUUACGGGCACGGCGAAUGUUACUGUGACCGUCUUUGUGAAGAGAAAAUAACAAGAUCUUUGAAGGACAUGGUGGAGAUAGCUUUAGUAAAAGAGUCAGCCCUUAAGGACACAAG